AUGGCGGACACCAACAUAAAAGACCGACCCGACUACUCGUCCUGGAGUAAUCCUAGUCUGAUCGCGCGCAUCACAGAGUUAGAGCGCCAGCUAUACUCUCAGACGACGGAGUUCAAAGCGCCGACGAAAGAGCCGUCGCAGAUACCAUACUCUUCUUCUGCGCCCAUCUCUACCGACGUCCAGGAACCUGCAAUCCCUCUCACCGAGUCUUUUAAUACUUCCAGGAAGCGACCGCACUCUCCCCCAGACAGCGAUACUACCCCGGUACCUGCGCCGACGCGGUUUGUCAAAGCCCCGAAACCCCCAAAACCCGAUCGCGAUUUUGACCCCUCCAAAUACUCGACGCGGUUCAUUGCACUCAAGUUCGCAUAUCUGGGACAGGCAUACAAUGGACUUGAACAUACAAAUGGCAAUACCACGCCUCUGCCUACCGUUGAAGAGAUUCUGUGGAAGGCAUUGAAGCGUACACGGCUCAUCUCCCCUGAGACCACCUCUGAUCUUGAGCCAACCGAGAGAGGGGAGCGCAUCCCCAUGCAUCCCUAUCACCUCUACUGGGAUGGAUGCGAUUACUCUAAAGCAGGUCGUACGGAUAAGGGCGUGAGCGCUUUUGGUCAGGUUAUUGGACUGCGGGUCCGCAGCCAACGGCCUAUGCCUAAGUGCCCUGCUGAGGGCGAGGAUGCGAUGAAUGUUGACUCAGGAUCUACUGAAAAGGAGUGGGAUGAUGUAGCUGAUGAGAUGAGCUAUAUCAAUAUCCUAAACAGGGUGCUUCCGGAAGACAUCAGGGUCCUGGCGUGGUGUCCUAACCCACCGCCUGGGUUUGAUGCCCGCUUUUCCUGCCGGGAACGUCGGUAUAAGUACUUCUUCACCAACCCGGCGUUCUCUCCGACUCCUGGAUCCAUUGGCUUCCAGAACCGCGCCCAGAACGGCAACGGACCACGUGCUGAAUUCCGCGAGGGUUGGCUUGACAUUGAUGCUAUGCGCGAGGCAGCUAAGUAUUUCGAGGGUCAACAUGAUUUCCGGAACUUCUGCAAGUUGGACACCAACAAGCAGAUUGAUAAUUUCGAACGCAUUAUCCAUCACUCUAGUAUCGAAGCCGUCAAUCCCAAGGUCAGCCCGGUGGGCUAUGUUAGCCAAUCUGGAUUUCAGGCUAAAGAGGGUUAUGUGCCCGAACCGGAUUUGACGACUCCUAGCACGGUUUCUCAAAGUAUCCCUCAGGUUUACUCGUUUAACCUCCACGGUUCUGCCUUCUUGUGGCACCAGGUGCGACACAUGGUUGCAAUUCUGUUCCUAGUCGGACAGGGACUCGAGUCCCCAUCCAUCGUCCCUGAACUGUUGGACAUUGCUAAGAACCCGCGAAAGCCGACCUAUGCGAUGGCUGAUGAUGCUCCCCUGGUCCUUUGGGACUGCAUUUUCCCCGAUAUAAAGUCUGGCAGUCGCCUGGAUUCCUUGAACUGGGUAUAUGCUGGCGAUAAUCCUGCAAACUGCAAGGGAAGCGCCAAGGGUGAUAGCAAAUUUGGGAUGCGGGGCACCGUUGAACGAAUGUGGACCGUCUGGAGAAAGCGCAAGAUAGAUGAGAUUUUAGCGGGCGCUCUGCUAGACUUGACUGUCAGCCAGGGUAACCAGAACGUGGAAGACCUCGACGACCAAUGGCUGAACGCAGGAUUUUCCAAGAGAUCAAACAGGGGUGCUAAGAUCUGGUAUGGUGGAAAUGAGACCGUUGUUGGUGGGAGAUAUAUCCAUGUCGAUGAAAAGUCCAAGAUGGAGACCGUGGAAGUUCAAAAUGCCAAAGGACUUAUCGUAAAGCAGCGCAGACUAGCAAAGGGCGAGGCUGCAAGGGCGACACUGGAAUGA